AUGAGGCUUCCAACCCUCCUCUCAGCGCUCCUGGUCGCGACCGCCAGUCUUGCCAGCGCCCGUGGCGCGGAAGCAACGCGCACAGCAGCCAUCUACAUCCAACCACUCAUCUCCCCCGCAACGUCGCCCUCUCUCCUCGCCGAGGUCGCCAUCCAAGAAGACGAGCCAACAGUAGCAGCAUCAACAGGAGAAGGCCCCACCACCACCACCGCCAAAGUCCUCUCCUACUCCGCUCCGGACCUUCCCGACGCACACGAUCAAGGCGAUCGAUUCCUCCUCCGCAUCGGCGUCUACAACCCUUCCACAGGGCACUGGUUAUCCUCCACGUCGGUCGCCUCCGCAGCGAACUUUGCCAAGGGCUACGCGCCGCACUUUGUUCUCUCUCUCGAUAGCGAAGCGGGUGGUGACGUGCUGGGCGUCGUGUGCCGCGGCGUGGCCAUUGACGCAGGCGUGACGAGGGACUUUGGUCCGCAGGCUCAGGUGGUCAGGACGCUGAAGGCGGCGCAGCCUGCGCUGGGCAAGCCGGUUGUGCUUGGGGAAGGAGGGAGGAGGGCCGAGGAAGGGGAGAAGAGCUUUGUGCAGAAGUACUGGUGGUUGCUCGCAAUUGGGGCAUUGAACGAAACAAAACACAAGUCAACCACACCACUUCCAGUCGCAAUCAUGGCCACCUCGAACGGAUCUACCGAUCCCAUGGCCGCCACUAACCCCAAGCUCGAGAAUGGCGCGCCCGUCUCUGAUGUUAAGGGCAAGGGCAAGGCUGCGGCCACCGAGGAGCCUGUUGAGGACACCUCGAUGGCUGAGGAUGAUGACGAGGAUGACGAAGAGGAGGACGAUGUCGACGAGGAGCCCGAGGCUGCUGACGAGGACAACAUGGAGGAGAUCGAUCUCGACAAUGUCAUCGGCCGCCGCACUCGCGGCAAGGUGAUUGACUUCGCCAAGGCUGCUCAGGAGAACCCUCCCGACGAGGACGAAGACGAGGAGGAUGACGAUGACUUUGUCGACGAGGACAAGAUGGACGAGGACUAG